AUGGGUAAGGGUAAGAAAAGGAAGAACAAGAACAAUAGUAAUGCUGUCCAAAAGAAGCUGAAGUUCGAACAAGGAACGAGUAAUGAGGUGAAUCAGCCAAAUGGGGGAAAGCACGAUUUAGUCGUAAUCGAUGAGGUUGGUAAUAGCGAUGACGAGGUUUACGAAGAUGUAAAAGCGGAUCCAAAAUUAUUAGAAGAUUCGCGGGACGAAGGAAUUCAGGCAGCUGGUUCAUCGACGGAGAAGUUGGAUGAACGAGGUCUAGAAUCUACCGACUCUGGUUGUUCAAGUGAUGUAAAUGGCUUGUCAGAAACCCCCUCGUAUAAAACACAAGAAGAAAAUUCCAGAGAAAGGGGUAAUAAUGACGUCAUCGAACUUAGUGAAGAUGAUGAAGAUGAAGAUUCAGUCUUCGUGAUAAACGACAAGCACAAAUACAAACAUCCAGAAGGGCCACACCCGGUUUUGGAUCCAACUAUCUUCGAUCGAAUUCGGGAAUACAAAGCUAAAUUUCCCAAGGCUUUUCAACAUUUUGAGUAUCAGAUAGACCAACAUUUUAUCGAUAAUGUUCAGGUAUGUCAAUCCUAUCAGUAUAAUGUUUUGCUUUAGAAAGAUCUUACAUUUUGGUGGAAGAUGGAAGUCAGGAAAAAUCUUUUGAAUGUGAUUAAUCAACAGUUCCCCGGUGCUAACCUUGUAGUAGUCGGAUCUACGAUUAAUGGGUGUGGUGCCAUGUGUUCUGAUAUGGAUCUGUGUUGCAUUAUAAAAGAUCGAUUUACAAAUGCAGCGUCUUCGGAGAGAGGGUAAGAUUCCUCUUGUUUUAAAUCGAUUGCCACCAGGUUCGCCAUUAAAUGUCUACGAAAGAUGCAAAAGUUGUUCUACAGAAACCGGCAUGCAAUCAAAUUGGAUAAACUUUUAGUAAUCAAUGCUAAAGUAAGUAUUAGUUUGAAAUUAUUUGUUUUACAAAUUUAGGUACCCAUUUUGCGAAUCACAUUUCUACAUCCAUUUGAAGGUCUGGAAGUUGAUCUAAACGUAAAUAACACUGCUGGUAUCAAUAACUCGCACUUGCUGCAUUACUAUUCCAGGUAACUUGUUUUCAUUUUUAUGAAUUUUGUUUAGGAUUGAUGAUAGGCUGCCUUCUCUUUGUUUGCUAAUAAAACAUUGGGCCAAGAAGAAUGGAAUUGGAGAAGCGAUGAGUGGAACUUUUAAUAGUUACUCCUUGAUCUUACUUUGUAUCCAUUUUCUGCAAGUUGCUGUUCAACCUCCGAUCCUCCCAAAUCUCCAAGAGUGUCAUGCUGCCAGAUUUGAAUACACGGAGGAUGUAGCAAGGCUCACUGUUUUCGAUGACUUACCCCCAAAUUACCCAGAUCCCAGGUUAAAUACGUCAACGGUCGGGGAAUUAUUAAUCGCCUUUUUCGAUUAUUACUCCAAAUUUGACUUUGAGAAUUGGGCCAUCUCCAUCCGACGGGCUACGGUAUUUCCGAGGUCUGUAUUUUCAUUCAUUGCUCAUUUCCUUCUUACUUUAUACUAAACGUCCGUUUCAGAGCCGAAUUGGCCGACAAUAAUUACCGGUUUAAGAUGUAUAUCGAGGAACCCUAUGACGGAUUGAACACUGCCAGAUGUGUAACCCAGCCAGAGAAGUUUGAAUUAAUUAUGGAUGCGUUCAAAGAAGCGAGGAAUGCUUUCCUUGGAAAGUUUAGACCUAAUCUUCGCAGGAUUCAGGUUGGGAAGGUGUUUGGCGGUUCGGAUUGA